AUGGAUUUUUCUAGAAUUACAUCCAAAAUUUGCGCUUCAUGUUUUUCCAUAGUUUUACAGCAUCUAAAGCUUCAUAUUCCUAUUAAAAAUUCGGAUUCUGAACUAAAUACCCUAAUUAAUGAGGGAAUUGAAUGCCCUUUAUUUGUAACAUGGACCGUUACUAAAACUGCUGAAUUACGUGGGUGUAUUGGUACCUUAAGUCCAGUUCCUAUUGCUCAAUUAAAAUCUUAUGCUGCAGCUAGUGCUUUCCGCGAUAGUAGAUUCCUUCCUAUUGGACCGGAUGAGAUAAAAAAAUUGACUUGUCACAUUUCACUUUUACAUACUUAUGAGGUAUUUUUUUUCUAA